AUGUAAAUAAUGACAACGGAAGCAGUAUCCAAAGACAUUGUUGUACUGAAAGAUCAAGUAGCAGCAGUAAAUCCCCUGCCAGCUGUACAGCCUCUCCCAAUAAACCCCCAAAAAUAAAGACUAAAGUCGAACUUUCCAACCAUAAUCGAAGCUUAAGUAGUGCACACCCACCUCUUGUAAGGGAGGAAGAUCUGGGUGGGAGUUUGGAAUGUAAUGGGCCUGAUGACGUUAAUGGUGUGUGCGUGAUAAAAAAUCUCGACAAUGGAAAAGAGUUCAUGGUGAACGAGAUGAAGGAGGAUGGGACUUGGAAAAAGAUCAAGGAAGUGGGCACCGGCCGCCAGUUAACCAUGGAGGAGUUUACAUCCGAAAUGUGUGUUGGGACUUCACCAAUCGUGCAAGAGUUAAUGAGGAGACAGAAUUUUGAGGAUGGAAACAGGGAGGGCUUGGAUUCAAUUGCUGAUGGGGUUGCAUCUAAGUCAAAGAAGAGGGGUAGUUGGCUGAAGAGUAUAAAAAACGUUGCUAUUUCUGUCACGGGUCAUAAGGAGAGAAGGAGUAGUGAUGAGAGGGACACGUCUUCUGAGAAGGGUGGGAGGAGGUCAAGCUCUGCCACUGAUGAUAGCCAGGAUGUUUCCUUUCAUGGGCCUGAGAAAGUCAGGGUUAAGCAUUAUGGUAAGUCAGUUAAAGAGCUGACAGCGCUUUACAAGAGCCAAGAGAUACAAGGUCACAAAGGGUCGAUUUGGUCAAUUCAGUUCAGUUUGGAUGGGAAAUAUCUGGCUAGUGCUGGUGAGGACCGUGUUAUUCAAGUGUGGCAGGUUGUGGAGACAGAAAGGAAAGAGGAUUUCUUCUCCGACAAAUUAGAGGAUGGGAAUUUCAAUCUUUCGUUUAUAGGCAAUGGGUCGCCUGAGCCGUUAUCAAUUUCACCGAAUUUGGAUGGUCAGUUGGAGAAAAAGAGGAGAGGGAGAUCGUCUAUAAGUAGGAAAUCCGUGAGUUUUGAACAGAUUUUGGUGCCGGAGACUGUAUUUGGCCUUUCAGAUAAACCUAUCUGUUCGUUUCACGGACACUUAGAGGAUGUGCUGGAUCUCUCAUGGUCCAAGUCUCAGGCGAUCAAGAAUUUUGAAAACUUGCUGACACUUAUCUGUAUUCUCCUACAGCAACUGCUUUCGUCUUCAAUGGACAAAACAGUGCGCCUCUGGGACCUGUCCAGCAAGUCUUGUUUAAAGAUCUUUUCCCAUAGUGAUUAUGUAACCUGCAUCCAGUUUAACCCAGUUGAUGAUAGAUACUUCAUCAGUGGAUCCCUUGAUUCCAAGGUGCGGAUAUGGAGCAUUCCUGACCGCCAAGUCGUUGAUUGGAAUGAUUUGCAUGAAAUGGUAACUGCAGCUUGCUACACACCAGAUGGGCAGGGUGCACUAGUUGGUACGUACAAGGGCAGCUGUCGUUUGUACAACACAUCAGAAAAUAAAUUGCUCCAGAAAAGCCAGAUCAAUCUGCAGAAUAAGAAGAAGAAAUCUCAUCAAAAGAAAAUAACUGGUUUUCAGUUUGCACCUGGAAGUACAUCGGAAGUUCUCGUGACGUCUGCAGAUUCCCGGAUCCGGGUAAUAGAUGGUGUCGAUCUUGUUCACAAGUUUAAAGGGUUUCACAACACGAACAGCCAAAUAUCAGCCUCCCUCACGUCCAAUGGAAAAUACAUCAUCUCUGCCAGUGAGGAUUCAUAUGUUUACGUGUGGAGACAUGAAGCCGAGUCCAGACCAAACAGAACCAAAGGUGUCACUGUGACUCAGUCUUACGAAUUUUUUCACUGUCAAGAUGUAUCCAUGGCAAUCCCUUGGCCCGGCCUGUCUGACAAAUGGGGCCCCCAGGAUUCUCCUGCUGGUGGACAAAAUGGUAAUUAUCAUGAGUGUGAGGAUGUCUAUAAUGAGUACCAUCCGACUACACCGGUUGGGGAAACUAACUGCAGUGAGGGCCCAUCAUUAGGGUCUGGUGAAUGCACUAGUAGCCCUCUUAAUGGACAUUUAUCUAGUGUAACAAACGGCCUUUUUGAUAAAGUCUCAGUGACGUGGCCCGAGGAGAAACUUAUUUUGGCAACUGCUAAGAACAGAAGUCCCCAUGUAAGUGUGGAUAUCUCGAAUGGGUUAUACCAGAACAGGUAUGCAUGGGGUAUGGUUAUAGUAACUGCUGGCCUUAAAGGAGAAAUCAGAACUUUUCAGAAUUUCGGGCUGCCCGUGCGCAUUUAA